CAAAAAUAACAAAAUAAAACUACUAGCAGCCACAGACGAUGGAGCGCAACAGUCUCUACAACACACGACGACAACGACAAACAAUCUGGGCAAACGAAUCGUAUACGUAAUGGCAAACAAAGUUCCAUUCAUUUAACUCGAUUCGCUCGAUUCAGUUCUCAGGCAGGUGUCAAGCGACGCACACACAAAACCAAACGACGCGCGGCACAACAGAGUAGCAGCAGCAGCAGCAGCAGCACCCCACCAUAUAAAUAUAUGAUACUUAAUUAGCAUACGCGUUUUUCAGUUCUGUUUCGGUUUCGGUUUGACGUUCGUUCCGCUCUCUCUCUGUUCGUUUGUACAUUUGCCUUUGGUGUCACUGUCAAAAUAUAUACGAUACUUGCACAUUCUGGAUACUAUAAAGUACAAAGUAUCAUUAAAAAACGUAUAAAGCAACGAAAGAAAGGAACAGAGAAGACAUUCACCAUGUUGGAUCCCAUUUCGGACGCCCCUUUGGUGCUGGCAUAUGCAUUCAUGUCGCUGCUGGUGCUGAUUCUGUGCUUCAUAUUGGUCAAUGUGGUCCACAAGCUGUAUCGCAGCAUCAACAGCGCUGAGCCCAUAACGAGUACGAUUUCUACACAGCAGCUGAAGACCUCCAUAGCGGAGAUAGACCCACUGAAAACCGGUUAAACACAUGGAGAGUGGGAGCGAACGUGGUGCGGCGCAUAGCGGGAGAAUCUCAUCGACAGAAUGCUCGUGGGAGACAGCUGGCGGUACACCCACGUACUGCACACACACACAUACAAACGUAUCCUGAUAUAAACUAAAUCAAUUAGCCAUAAGCCACUGCCACUACAGGCAGUCUCUAGUCAAUUAAACAUUCUUAUUAUUGUCCUAAGGUUAGGUUACAUAUCCAUUACAAUGUACAUAAAUAAACGACUUUGAGCAUUGAGUAAGCAGCAAUUAA